CAUCUAGUGAGACUGUGAGAGACUGAGUGACUAGUUGUACGUCUGAAUUCAUUAAGGUCACAUCAGUUUUUCCACUGAACGAAGCUCUAAAACUGAGCUGUUAGCAAAACAUCAAAUUUCCGAAGAAUUCGAUCGUUGGAUGGCAUCUCUUUGCAUAACAUUUAGUAAAAGGUUUAGCUAAGUAAGCGAAUUCACAACGACUCUUGCAAAUCUACGCCAGUAAUUAAAAAAAAAAGUCAAUACAUGAACAAUAGCACGCACUGCAAAUAACAAAGUAACACAGUUAACAAAAACAUUGUUUAAUCAUCAAUAACUUUCUUUUAAAUCAGUUUGGUGCAUUGGAAUCACUAAUGAAUUAUAUAUUUUGGUUGAGAGACACCAUAACCCAGAUGUAUCAAGUCAAACUGCAGUACUCUCUCUUGUGUCAUUUUUUAUAUUAGAAGUGACACAUGCAUCUCUUUAUAGUUUACCCAAAUAAGGCCAUAACUUAUCAGCUUUGUUAGGUCGAGAUAUACCAGUAGUUUCAUAUUUUGUGAUAAUGCAGAUAUUAAAGAAGAUAAAAUGAUCGAAUAUUGGUGGUGGUGCUUAAUGAAAUAUUUAAUUUAAAUGAUUAACUUUGUUACACCAUGUUAACUAGUUAAAACAAAAUGGUUUGGUAAUAAAAGGGUUUUUAUAGUGUUUUAUUUUUUCAUUCUACACAAAUAAAUUUAUAAUUUUUGUUAUUAUUAAGUGCCCAAGUAGACUCCUAGAAGAACAAACUUCCUUUGUAAUUAACUAUGAGUUUUUCUCAUGACAUUGAGCCUUGGUUACAUAAGCAUUCUCCUUAUAAAUAUAUCUUUAUUCUCAUUUAAAUUAAUUAUGUAAAGAUUAAAGCAUUUAUUAACUAAUUUCACAAUAUUGCAGGCCAUAGUCAACUUUUAGAAUAUUAAUUUAAAGGGGAGGGCAGCCAUAGGAUUUUUGAACAAAGAGAAAUAUUUUCAUGGGGGUAGGGCAGACCCCAGGAUGAGAUAUUGGAGUUAAAACUUAAGACAGUUUUUUAUAAGUAAGAUAGAGUUGUUUCUUGUAAUGUUUUACAUAGGCAUUUGUAAGCAGAUUUGCAGUCAAAUAUGGGUUGGUUUACUAAUGGGAAGUGUACUAGCAAAGUAAGGCUAGAUGGAAAAACAGCGAUUAUUACAGGAGCCAAUACUGGGAUCGGAAAGGAAACUGCCCUCGAUCUUGCAACAAGGGGUGCGACAGUCAUAAUGGCGUGCAGAAACAUCGACAAAGCUAAAGAAGCGGCAGAAGAAAUAAAAAAGUGUGGAAAUGAAAAGGUGAUCAUUGAAAAACUCGACCUUUCUUCGCUGCAGUCCGUCCGGGAUUUUUGUACACGGGUACAGAAAAAUCACCAGAAUAUUCAUCUGCUCAUAAACAAUGCUGGAGUCAUGGCUCAAUUACGAGAAUUGUCAGAUGACGGAUAUGAAAUGCAAUUUGCCACAAAUCACCUUGGACAUUUCCUUCUCACACUCCUCCUUCUUCCAACGAUAAUUGCUUCUCAACCUGCUAGAAUUGUCAAUGUUUCUUCCAAAAUUCAUAUUUUUAGUCAAUCAUUACAUUUUAAUGAUAUAAAUUUGGAAAAGUCAUAUGGACCAUUAUUAGCUUAUUCAAGGAGUAAGUUAGCUAAUAUUCUUUUCACUAGAGAAUUAGCACACAGGCUAAAGGACACUCUUGUAAAUGUUUAUUGCUUACACCCUGGUGUGGUGUACACUGAAUUAUCUCGUCAUGUUGAUAGUUCAUUUUUUCGAGGUGCAAGAUGGCUUUACAACACAGUCGGCUAUCCAUUCAUGAAAAGCCCUAAACAGGGAGCACAGACGACACUUUAUUGUGCAGUAGAUGAAAAGACGGCAAACGAGACCGGGCUUUAUUAUGAUGAUUGCAAAGUAUCCUGCACAUCAGCAUUAGCAAAGAAUGAUGAGGUUGCAAAAGAGUUGUGGGAGGUGAGCGUAAAAAUGGUCAAUCUUGGUGAUUUUGAUCCAUUUCUUUCGUUGAACAAAUAAAUUUUUAUAAACUUAAAUAAAUUGAAAGAAUCGGGCAUGAGGCCUUCAGAAAGAAAACACAAUUUGACAGAGAGUAAUGUUAUUUUUUUUUCCUUGGGCCUCACACCCAAUACUUUCUAGCCUACUAGAUUUCAUAAUUGAAGGUAGAUACUAACACAUUCCAAACUAUCAAAUAUAUUUUAUUUAAUUGC